CUACAGGGAAGGAAAUCUGAGGCCCAGCGAGUGAAGUGACUUGCUGGACGUCACUGAGCCGAGGAGAUGACGAAACCCGGAUUGGAGCCCAUGCCUUCUAACUCCCAGCUCGGACAGCCUCUUGUCCUGGGGAUGCCUGAGUUCACUAUUGCAGGGGCACUACUACUGCCCAUCUAGGGACGCAACAUCUCGGGCGGGCCCUACGAAGGCCUCCUCCCAGCCGACUGGGACGAAGGGAGAGCCCUGUGGAGAAAGAGCCGCCAGGCGAGUGGGCGCGGAGCGGUAGGCGGGAGCCUCAAUCUUGCCCCGCCAGCUGGCGGCGCGGCCGGGCGCUCGGGCUCCUGCGCUGUGACUGGCCGGCCUCUCCAGCCAGCGUCGCGAUUGGUCCUCCUGCGGCCGUUGAGAUUUGAACUCCGUAUUUGUGGCUUCGCCCGCGCUGUCCUUGGCUCAGAGGCGGGCCUUUGCCUCUGCCUGCGGGCGAUUGGUCGGAUUCCCCGCCAACUUGAAAAUUGCCUCGCUGAUUGGUGCGUAUUGUGCACUCGUGUUUCUCUCUUCCAUUUCAGCCCAACUUCCAGAGUUCGAGUAGCGGCGGGUGAGAUCCCCAGCCCUGUGACCCAGCGGGAGAAGGAUGUCUCCCCAACUGUAUGAGUUCCAUCUGCCCUUAUCCCCAGAGGAGUUGCUGAAAAGUGGAGGAGUGAAUCAGUAUGUUGUGCAAGAGGUACUGUCCAUCAGACAUCUUCCUGCACAGCUUAGAGCAUUUCAGGCUGCCUUCCAAGCUCAGGGGCCCCUGGCUAUGCUGGAGCACUUUGAUACUAUCUACAGCAUUUUACACCACUUUCGAAGUAUAGAUCCUGGCCUCAAAGAAGAUACUCUGGAAUUCCUGAUAAAAGUGGUAUCCCGCCACUCCCAGGAACUUCCAACCAUCCUGGAUGAUACAUCUUUGAGUUUAUCAGAUAGAAACGCCCAUCUAAAUGCCCUCAAAAUGAACUGUUAUGCUCUGAUACGCCUUUUGGAAUCCUUUGAGACUAUGACCUGCCAGACAAGCCUCAUGGACCUGGACCUUGGUGGGAAGGGUAAGAAAGCCCGGAUGAAGGCAGCCCAUGGCUUUGACUGGGAGGAAGAGAGGCAACCAAUUCUUCAGCUUCUAACACAGCUGCUCCAAUUGGACAUUCGUCAUCUGUGGAACCAUUCAGUAAUUGAAGAGGAAUUUGUCAGUUUGGUUACUGGCUGUUGCUACCGCCUUCUGGAGAAUCCCACCAUUAGUCACCAGAAGAACCGCCCCAUCCGGGAAGCCAUAACACACCUGCUUGGUGUGGCCUUGACACGUUAUAACCAUAUGCUCAGUAAGUUAUCCCUCUGCUUUGCCCUACCUUUUUCAUUUUGCCCACAAUUUCUCAUGUUUAGUACUUCCACAGGUGCCACUGUGAAGAUCAUCCAGAUGCUGCAGCACUUUGAACACCUGGCACCUGUCCUGGUGGCAGCUGUGAGUCUGUGGGCCACUGAUUAUGGAAUGAAGAGCAUAGUGGGAGAGAUUGUAAGAGAGAUUGGACAGAAGUGUCCCCAGGAGCUGAGUCGGGACCCUUCAGGAGCAAAGGGCUUUGCAGCCUUCCUGAUAGAACUAGCAGAACAUGUCCCAGCUGUUCUGAUGUCCAGUAUGUGCAUUUUGUUAGAUCAUCUGGAUGGAGAGAAUUACGUGAUGCGCAAUGCUGUGCUAGCAGCCAUGGCAGAGAUGGUAUUGCAGGUUCUGAAUGGUGAUCAACUGGACCAAGCAGCCAGAGACACCAGAGACCAGUUCUUAGAUACCUUACAAGCCCAUGGCCAUGAUGUCAACUCCUUUGUGCGAAGCCGUGUUUUACAGUUAUUCACCCGCAUUGUCCAGCAGAAGGCUCUCCCCCUGACACGUUUCCAGGCAGUGGUGGCCUUAGCAGUGGGACGUCUGGCAGACAAGUCAGUGUUAGUAUGUAAAAAUGCCAUCCAGCUGCUGGCCAGUUUUCUAGCCAAUAAUCCUUUUUCCUGCAAGCUUAGUGAUACUGACCUUGCUGGACCACUGCAGAAGGAGACCCAGAAAUUACAAGAGAUGAGGGCCCAGAGGCGAACUGCAGCUGCUUCUGCAGUGCUAGACCCAGAUGAGGAGUGGGAAGCCAUGCUGCCAGAGUUAAAGUCUACCCUGCAGCAGCUUCUGAAGCUUCCCCAGGAAGAAGAGGAAAUUGCUGAGCACAUUACUAAUAUAGAGACCCCUGAAGAGGUGAAAGGACGCAUCUGUCAGCUGCUUGCCAAAGCUAGUUACAAGCAGGCCAUCAUUCUCACUCGAGAAGCCAUAGGCAGCUUCCAGGAGUCUGAACCCUUCAGUCACAUAGACCCAGAGGAGUCAGAGGAGACCACGUUCCUGAAUCUCUUAGGAAUUAUCUUCAAAGGUCCAGCAGCUUCUACACAACAGAAGACCAGGUCUGCAGGGAACAUGGUCCCAGGACAGGUCUCAGGACAGACUGUCUGUAAAGAUAAGGUGUCAGAGCCUGAGGAAUCCAGGGAAAGUGAUGAACUGGUGAAGCAGGAGAUGCUGGUGCAGUAUCUGCAGGAUGCCUAUACCUUCUCUCGGAAGAUUACUGAGGCCAUUGGCAUCAUCAGCAAGAUGAUGUAUGAAAACACAACUUCAGUGGUGCAGGAGGUGAUUGAAUUCUUUGUGAUGGUGUUCCAAUUUGGGGUACCCCAGGCCCUAUUUGGGGUGCGUCGCAUGCUGCCUCUCAUCUGGUCUAAGGAACCUGGUGUCCGGGAAGCUGUGCUUAAUGCCUACCGCCAACUGUACCUCAACCCCAAAGGGAACUCUGCCAGAGCCAAGGCCCAGGCUUUGAUUCAGAAUCUAUCUUUGCUGCUAGUGGAUGCCUCAGUUGGGACGAUUCAGUGUCUUGAGGAAAUUCUCUGUGAGUUUGUGCAAAAGGAUGAGUUGAAACCAGCAGUGACCCAACUGCUGUGGGAGCGGGCCACUGAGAAGGUCCCCUGCUCUCCUCUGGAGCGCUGUUCCUCUGUCAUGCUUCUUGGCAUGAUGGCACGAGGAAAACCAGAAAUAGUGGGAAGCAACUUAGACACGCUGGUGAGCAUAGGGCUGGAUGAGAAGUUUCCACAGGACUAUAGGCUGGCCCAACAGGUGUGCCAUGCCAUUGCCAACAUCUCUGACAGGAGAAAGCCUUCUCUGGGCAAACGUCACCCUCCUUUCCGGCUGCCUCAGGAACACAGGUUAUUUGAGCGGCUACAGGAGACGAUCACAAAAGGCUUUGUCCACCCAGACCCACUCUGGAUCCCAUUCAAAGAAGUGGCAGUGACCCUCAUUUACCAACUGGCAGAGGGCCCCGAGGUGCUAUGUGCCCAUAUAUUGCAUAGCUGUGCAAAGCAGGCCCUGGAGAAGCUGGAGGGGGAGAGCACCUCCCAAGAGGACCCAAAGGAGACCCCCCCUAGGCUCCCCACUUUCCUGUUGAUGAACCUGCUGUCCCUGGCUGGGGAUGUGGCUCUGCAGCAGCUGGUACACUUGGAACAGGCAGUGAGUGGAGAGCUCUGUCGGCGCCGAAUUCUUCAGGAAGAACAGGAGCAUAAGACCAAAAAUCCAAAGGAGAAGAAUACAAGCUCUGAGACCACCAUGGAGGAGGAGCUGGGGCUGGUUGGGGCGACUGCUGAUGACACAGAGGCAGAACUGAUCCGUGGCAUCUGUGAGAUGGAACUAUUGGAUGGCAAACAGACACUUGCUGCCUUUGUUCCACUUUUGCUUAAAGUCUGUAACAACCCUGGCCUCUAUAGCAACCCAGAGCUGUCUGCAGCUGCUUCACUUGCCCUUGGCAAGUUCUGCAUGAUCAGUGCCACCUUCUGUGACUCCCAGCUUCGUCUUCUGUUCACCAUGCUAGAAAAGUCUUCACUCCCCACUGUCCGGUCUAACCUCAUGGUUGCCACUGGGGAUCUGGCCAUCCGCUUCCCAAACCUAGUGGACCCCUGGACACCUCAUCUCUAUGCUCGCCUCCGGGACCCAGCUCAGCAAGUGCGGAAAACAGCAGGGCUGGUGAUGACCCACCUGAUCCUCAAGGACAUGGUGAAGGUGAAGGGGCAGGUGAGCGAGAUGGCGGUGCUGCUCAUCGACCCUGAGCCUCAGAUUGCUGCCCUGGCCAAGAACUUCUUCAAUGAGCUUUCCCACAAGGGCAACGCAAUCUAUAAUCUCCUUCCAGAUAUCAUCAGCCGCCUGUCAGACCCUGAGGCGGGAGUGGAGGAAGUGCCUUUCCACACCAUCAUGCGGCAGCUCCUCUCCUACAUCACCAAGGACAAGCAGACAGAGAGCUUGGUGGAAAAGCUGUGUCAGCGGUUUCGCACAGCCCGAACUGAGCGGCAGCACCGGGAUCUGGCCUACUGUGUAUCACAGCUGCCCCUUACAGAGCGAGGCCUCCGCAAAAUGCUUGACAAUUUUGACUGCUUUGGACAUAAACUGUCAGAUGAGUCCAUCUUCAGUGCUUUUUUGUCAGUUGUAGGCAAACUACGGCGUGGGGCCAAGCCUGAGGGCAAGGCUAUAAUAGAUGAAUUUGAGCAGAAGCUGCGGGCUUUUCACACCAGAGGGUUGGAUGGAAGAGAGGAGCUUGAGAUUGGCCAAGGAGGUAGCCAGAGAGCCCCAUCAGCCAGGAAACAAUCCACUGUCUCUAGGCACCAGCCUCUGGCUUCUGCAAUCUCAGACAAUGGUUUUGUCACACCUGAGCCCCGCCGGGCUACCCGUCGCCACCCAAAUACUGAGCAGCGAGUUUCCAAAAAGAAACCCAAAGUUGUCUUCUCAAGUGAUGAGUCCAGUGAGGAAGAGCUUUCAGCAGAGAUGACAGAAGAUGAGACACCCAAGAAAACAACCCCCAUCCGCAGAGCAUCCACUCGCAGGCACAGAUCCUAGCAAGUCUUCUCGCCUCUUCCCAUCCCUCUUGUGCAAGGUAUCUUGUUGGAUGCCUUGAAUUCCAAUUCCGUUCCCCUUGUAAAAUAUUUAUUGCCUGUCUCCUAUGUAUUUUUUUAAAUACAUAAAUGAUCUUUAAAAUGCAGGGCAUUUCUCUUAAACUAGCAUAACUGAACUUCAUUCCACUGCUUUCACUUUGGAAUAUAUGUUUGCCAAUCUCCUUGUUUUCUAACAAUAAAUGCUUUUAUAGACUU